AUGGACUUCUCCUCCUUCGCGGGCUUUGCACAGGCCGUGCUCUUUCGUUUUAUGCAUAAAGCUGAGGUGCACGGUGUCUAUCAGAGCCUGUCGUUGCAGAGGGCGGCAUGGAUGGAGACUGGCAAUGCGCGGAGCCUGGCUACACUGAGUGAGGGCGACAGGCUCUGGGAGCUCGUGCAAGAAUCGGGCAUCCAGGCAGCUCAGAGGCGAUGGCCACUGAUGAUCGAUCUGCAGAGAGAGGCCAACAAGUACAUCAAGCUCUAUGAAAACAUCGCCGGUCAGCAGAGGAUGGGAACAUGCAAGCUCCGGGACCCCAUCGCAGACGGUG